AUGCGGGAGCAGACAGCACGGCAUGCGAGCUUGUGUCUUGUUGCAGACCCCAUCUCGAUGGCUGUGGCGCUUGAGGAUUUCUACCCCUCGGACUGUCGCUUCAUCCCCAUACGCAAGGGCCAAGUCAUCUACGUCUUCUCAAAGCUCAAGGGCCGGGGACGCCUCUUCUGGGCUGGCAGUGUCCAGAGCGGUUAUUACAGCGAGCAGGAAGCCCGGCUGGGGUUCUUCCCGAGCAGUGUGGUGGAGGAGACCCAGCUCCUGCAGCCAGGGGACGUCGAGGUCAUGACAGAGCCCUGGGACUUUUAUUGCAACUAAAGCCCGCAGAGCAGAGGAAGCCAUCGGCUGAGCUUCCCUGAUGCCCGUUCAGCAACCAGUGCAUCUCGUAGUGGAGUGCAGGGAAAACGAGCGGCGCAUUGCUGGAUGUCCAUAAAUAAAACAAUCAAUCAACGCA